AUGGCCCGCCUCGCGCUGACGGACGACGACGCGAGGGCGAGGCGCUGGUUCGCCGAGGAGACCGAGGCCUUGGGCUGCCGCCUCGUCGUCGACGAGAUGGGAAACAUGUUCGCCAACCGGCCCGGCUCCGCCGCCUCCCCCUCCCCCAUGAUUGCCAUGGGAAGUCACCUCGACACGCAGCCGCGCGGCGGGAGGUACGACGGCAUCCUCGGCGUCGUGGCUGCCGUCGAGGUCCUCCGCACGCUGCACGAGAACGGCUUCAGGACGCACUUGGACGUCGGAGCCGUCAACUGGACCAACCAGCAUCGCCGGCUGAUCGAUCCCCCGUCGCCCAGCGAGGAGGGCGCGAGGUUCCCCAAGUCGAUGCUCUCCUCCGGCGUCUGGGCCGGCGUCGUCCCGCUCGAGGAUGCGUGGAACCUGGCCGACGUCUUCGACCCGUCCGCGACGGUCAAGUCGGAGCUGCGGAGGCACGGCUACCUCGGCGACGUGGCCUGCUCCGCUCGUGCCGACGCCGGCUUCCCCCUGUCCGCCCAUUUCGAGCUGCACAUCGAGCAGGGGCCGAUCCUCGAGCGCGCCGCCAAGCCCGUCGGCGUCGUCCAGGGCGCGCAGGCCUACCGGUGGUUCACCUUCACCGUCCUCGGCCGCGACGCCCACACGGGAACGACGCCGCUCGACGCUCGGAGCGACCCUCUUCUGGCGACGGCCAAGAUGAUCGCCUCCUCCCACGCCAUCGCGAAACGGCUGGGCGCCCUCGCCUCGACCGGAAUCGUCAAGAUCCCCCCGAGCUCGUCGACCAACACCGUCGCCUCCGAGGCGAGCUUCACGCUCGACAUCCGACACCCGCGAGACUCGGUCGUCGCCGACGUCCAGCGGCUCUGCCUUGAAUCCUUCGAGAAGAUCGCGCGAGAGGACGGGAAGGGGGUCCAUCUCCGCUGGACGCUCGACACGGACUCGCCGGCCGUCAAGUUUGACAGGCGCUGCAUCGAGGCCGUCGAGGCGGCGGCCGACAACGUCGUCGGACGAGACCGAUGGCUGCCCAUCACCAGCGGCGCCGGCCAUGACACGGUCAACACCAGCGGCAGGUGCCCGAGCGCCAUGAUCUUCGUGCCGUGCAAGGACGGCGUCAGUCACCAUCCGGAGGAAUACUGCAGCCCGGAGCAUUGCGCCAUCGGAGCUCAAACUCUCCUCGAGGCCGUUCUCAACUACGACAGGAUGAUGUCGGGGAACGCACUCUAG